CGUCUUCUUUCAGUUCUUAGCAAAGUACACGUUGAUCGUGCUCCUAUUUUGAAUUUUCCUGCUGUUCCACUUCCGUCGUAUCACGGCUGUAAAUCAUACAGUACUGUAGUAUUUGUUUAUUCCUGUUUACUUCCGACUUCACACUUCUAAAAAGCUGUGAUAUACAAAUUAAUUUACAAUGAAACUUCUUUUGAAUACGGUUUCCGUAUUUCAUGUUUUUGUAUGCGUGUCCUCUUUCGUGCAGUUCGACCGAGGAAAACGGGAGAAAUACAGGGACAAGGUCUCGCGCAUGUUUUACCAUGCAUACGAUGCUUACCUGAACAAUGCAUUCCCCUUGGACGAACUGCGUCCUUUGACAUGCGACGGAACGGACACGUGGGGAUCCUAUUCCCUGACGCUGAUCGACGCUUUAAGUACACUCGCAGUGAUGGGAAAUUUCAGCGAAUUUCGCCGCGUAGCCAGUCACUUGGCUGCUUCCUUGCAUUUUGACAAAGAUGUCAACGUCAGUGUCUUCGAGACGAACAUUCGGGUGGUCGGUGGUCUGCUUUCUGCGCACCUGUUGGCGCGACGAGCAGGGAUCGACGUGGAGCCCGGCUGGCCCUGCAGUGGCCCGCUGCUGCGCUUGGCGGAAGAUGCUGCGCAGCGAAUUCUUCCCGCUUUCAGAACCGUCACUGGGAUGCCUUAUGGGACGGUGAAUUUGAGGAAAGGCGUGCCUUCCAAUGAAACGCCGGUGACAUGCACUGCUGGAGUGGGAACGUUUAUUUUGGAAUUCGGGACACUUAGCCGUCUGACCGGGGAUCCACUUUUCGAGCAAGUUGCUCUGAAAGCCCUUCGGUCACUGUGGUACAGCAGAACCAAAUUUGGAUUAGUGGGUAACCACAUUAAUGUCCAGACGGGCCACUGGACUGCGCUUGAUGCUGGGAUUGGGGCCGGUGUGGAUUCGUAUUAUGAAUACUUGGCCAAGGGAGCCAGUGCUUUUCAGAAUACUGAGCUCAUGGCAAUGUUUGUAGAAAGCGCCGAAACCAUCCAUAAGCACCUUAAUCGCGACGAUUGGUAUUUUUGGGUGUCUUCCUUUACAGCACACAUUACCAUGGCCAUGUUCCAGUCUUUGGAAGCGUUUUGGCCGGGAGUUAUGGCCACCACAGGCGACGCAAGCCCUGCAUAUCGAUCGAUUAUGCAUUAUUUCAACAUAUGGAGGCAUUACGGUGCAACACCGGAGUUUUACGAAAUCAUGAAAGGGCAUCCAUUCCACGGUAGAGAGGGCUAUCCAUUGCGACCAGAACUUGUGGAGAGCAUUUAUCAUUUGUACCAAGUAACAAAAGAUCCAAUGUUGCUACAUAUGGGAGCCCAAAUCUACGAAUCCAUCGAAAAAAUUGCUAGGGUGCCGUGCGGAUAUGCCACGAUCAAAGAUGUAAGAACACAUCGCCUAGAAAAUCGAAUGGAAUCCUUCUUUCUUGCCGAAACUACUAAAUACCUGUACUUACUUUUUGACGAAGAAAAUUUCAUCCAUUAUGAUAAUGGCGUGGCGGAAAUUCACCGAGGUGCCUACGGAGAAUGUGUCGUAUCAUCGGGGAACUUUGUUUUCAACACCGAAGCACAUCCGCUGGAUAUCAGUGGCAUACAGUGUUGCUCAACGGACAAAAAGGAAGUUGACGAUUAUGUUAGCCGUAUGCAAAGCAGUAUGGACAUUUUGUUUAUCCUGGGUUUGACGAAAGAUGCAGAACGUUUACAUCGUCCCGUCAAAAACCAGGAAUCCCUUCCCGUUGAUUCUCCGCCAGAAAUUUCUGAUUAUUCGUACGCUCAAAACACUAGUAACGGAGAGUUGUCAGUGGUAGGCUUGUGCAGUCUGUAUGAUUAUUGCCAGUGUGAUAUAGCGCUGAGCGAGUACUUUCGGGUUUGUAGUUCGAAUUUCAUUGAUUUUAUCUUUUUAUUUAACAAAAGUCCCGCAAGGAACUGCUUGAAUUCGCCGGUCGCAUUGGUUUCGGCCAAUCAAACAACUAGCUUCCAUGUUUCUAAUUUGUUCAUACCUCACGGCGACCCCAGUAUGUUGGGCUGCGGCGUGGACGAUGAGUACGACUUGCUUUCAUAUGGUGAAAUAAACCCAAGAAGCUGAUGAA